AUGCCUUUUGUUCCCUUUGACGAGGAGAUGACCGACUUGUUCCAGGAGUCCUGGCUUUCGGAAGACCCAGAUGCCAACACUGGGUCAAUACCGACUGUCCUUGACCCUGAGCAAGCCCCGAUUGGCCUUUACGUACCGGCCGAACAGGAACCCGCUGCCGCCGCUGCCGCCGCCGACGUCCCCUCCACUGCCGCUUCUUUCGUGGACCCCAGCAUGCUCGGUUUGGACGGUACUGACGGCGACUUUCUUGCUGGUUUUCAACCUUUGGACAAUGGCGUGACGGACCCCAUGGACGUGGACAACAUGCCUGAUCAUCAGGACGAAUUCCCCACUCCCCUUGGCGGUUUGAACGGCUCUCUGGUUUCGGGUAACUUUAUUAAUCUAGAUGACACUAGUCAUCUAGAUAUCUUUCUUAAUCUGGACAACGCCGGCAAUCUGGACAACGCUGGCAAUCCAGAUAUCUCUGUUAAUCCGGACGCCUCUGGUAUUCCGGAUAUCUCCAUCAGUCCGGACAACGCUGGCAAUCUGGACACCUCUGCCGUAGACCCGGCCCAUAGUGUGGCGGCCCCGGAAACCAGCACUCCCAACCCGCUGGUAUAUUACUCGCCGCCAAAAGUCCAGCAUAUACAGCCCAAUUCAUGGCAGCUGGGCCCUCGGAGCGCAUGGGACGCCUACCAGCCCUCGAACUUUCCGGUUUCGUCGGCUGGUCACGAAGUCGAACAAUUUCACAUCAAGUUCGACUAUCGCCCCUUGCCGCCCAGCCGAAGCCUACGCGAGCCCAAGGCAGCCAAGAUGUACGUUGAAAAGUACACACCUCGGGAGCCGAAAUGGGCGUAUCCCAUCGUCCUGGUCCACGGCGAUUUCCACACGGGCAAAAUCUGGGCCACCAAGCCCGACGGCAAGCAAGGAUGGGCGGCCUUUUUCAUCAACAAGGGCUUCACCGUCUACGUCGUCGACCUGCCUGCCUGCGGACGCUCCAUCGAAUUCGACCAGUCCAUCGUCCAAUGGAGCAAAUACGCGAGCUGCACGGCAAAGCUCACCCGGGACAAUGCCGAAGCCACGUGUACAGCGGCGAGCAAAUUCCAGCGAUGGCCCGACGCCCACAAGCACACCCAAUGGCCAGGAAAUGGACUGCGAGACGACGGAAUUUUCGAAACGUACAUGGCUUCGACGGUGCCCCUGUACUUCCGCCGACACGAACGACAAGCCAUCGGCAAGGCGGCCCUGACAAAGCUCGUCCAGCGCACCGGGCCGGCCAUUCUCCUCGGCGAAGGAAGCGGCGCCACGCUCUCGUACCUGGCGGCCGACGCGCUCCCCGACACCGUCAAGGCCGUCCUGGCCGUGGAGCCCGCCGGCCCCCCGGGAGGCACGAACCGCGCGCUCAAGGACAACACGCUCGUCUUCACCAACCAGGUCCGGUACUUCGCGCAGCACCGGCCGUACGGGCUGGCCGACAUCCCGCUCACUUUCGACCCGGCUGUGCCCGAACCAGCCUACGACGAGCACGGCGUCACCCAGCCGCCGCUGGACCUGUUCGCGACCGCCGCGGGCACCGACGACGGCGUCUGCCUACUUCAGCGUGGCGGGCCGGAGCUCAGGCAGGCCGACACCACGGGCAGGGUGCUGCCGCCGGAGGCGCGCCCGGGGGUGGUCAGGAAGCUGGCGGCGCUGGGCAGGGUGUGCCAACUCGUGGUGACGGCGGAGGCGAGCCACCACGCGACGUGCGACGGGGCCACGGUCGCGUUUAUGCGGCAGGCCGGCGUCGGCGUCGACCACAUCAGGCUCGAGGAGGCGGGUGUCUGUGGCAACGGCCACCUCAUGUACCUGGAGAAGAAUAGCGACGCGGUCGCCCAGGUCAUCUUUGAGUGGGUGACGUCGAGGGUGCCAGGGGCCUCGUUGUGA